AAAAGAUUGAUGAGACAUGAUCUUACGACAACAAUUGACAAGGAAAAAUAGAAAAAAGCUAUAUCAUUUUUAGGCGAAUAAGUUGAAGAUCAGAAAAAAUACAUAGCUGGGUUAUUAUGGUAGAUUAAGGUAUUUAAGAUGCUUAUUAAUUUAGGAAAAAAGCAAUACAACUAAAUGUAGGACAUUUAAUGAUAUUCUCUUAAAGAAAAGAGUACUUAGUACUGAAGGAAACGAACCAAUAUUUGAUGUAAAUAAAUCUGGAAGAAAGGUUAUUGUUGACCGAUUCAAACUUUCAACGUUACAGUGUAUAGCUUAGCAAAGAUUACACACAUUAAAUAAUUGA